CUACGACAGUUCCGUUGACACAUCAUAUAUAAGCGUCCGCACAGCUCAAAUUUUCCGCAGAUUGCAUCAGCUCGUCGCACGUUACGUCGCUGAUCGUCUCUGUUUUUUCCUCGUCGUUCGCGCACCAGGAAAACAAAUAUGCCGGAGGCCAUUACCGAGGCACCGCCCCGUCAAGGCGUGCAGUCCAACUUUGUAAAUCGACUCAGCGAACUGCCCGCCGUCACGAGCCUGUGGGAAACGGCAGCGCAGUCGUACGCUCGGGCCAAAGCGAACCCGGGCCUGCUAGCGUACGCUAUUGGCACUGCCGAGAAAUCGGCGGCGAUGGCACUCGCCACUAGCAAGCCCGUGGUCGACAAGUUCGCGACGCCGAUCAGUAUCGUCGACGGCUUGGCCUGCAAGGGGCUCGACAAGCUCGAAGAAGUCUACCCCGACGUCAAGAAGAAGGCGCACGAUCAGAUAGUAACCGACGCCGUCCAGUACGGGCUCAAGAAGUACGACGACGUCAAGGAUUACGGCAUGUCUAAGAUCAAUGACAUCAAGAGUGUGUCUGCCGGAACAGUGCACAUGGUGGCGCAUCCUGUGGAGACUAUCUCGCAGUGCCAGAGUCAAAUCUUGGGCUAUGCCAAGCAAGCUCUUGCUGCUACUGAAGCUACAUUGGACCAGCACAUUGCAUCCCUUGGAAUCGACAUGAAGAAAGAAGGCAACGAGACUGUGCCUCCGGAAGAGGUGGCUCUGCUUACUCGACUGGACAGCAUCUCCCGCAAGGCAUCGACAUGCGCCUCGCGACAUGCUGCCCUGCAGCUGAGUGUGCUGCAGCGCUAUGCGGGUGACUCCAUCACCCGCUUCCAGGUGGCUCUGCAGCUAAUCCAGACUAUGAAGCAGAAUCUGGCUGCUAGCACCAACCAGUCAUUCCAGGAGACCCUGGCACGCAUGAGCCUCCAGUCUUCCUGGCUCCAGGGACUGCUGAGCGAGCCCACUGAUGAAGCUCAGGAGAAGAAUGUACAGGCCAUGGUGCUCGCUGUCGCUCGAAGUGCACUUGGUACGGCCACUCGUGCCCUGGAGCAGCCCGCAGUCCUUGUUCGAGGCAUGUCCUCCCAGUUGCAGGAGUCCUACAGUCGGCUUCUCAACUCGACAUCAGACAUGCUGCAGACCUUGACGGGCGUUUCCAACAUCAGCGAGCUGACUGCAGUAACUCUCAACAACCUUCACCUGCAGUCCAUCCGGCUCGAGUACUCGAUCCGCCUGUUCACACACCAGGCACUGGAGUGGCUGACCGCACUUCCUGUGGUGGAGCGCCUGUUGCCGACCCCCACCGAGAUGACUUCUUUUGGCUCUGACUCGACGAGAACCGUUGAAUCGUCUGAGGAAGAGUCCUCUGCGGAUGAAUCCCUGUAGUUUCACUUUUGCCUGUGUUUAUAUACGUAUUGAACAAAGCUUUUCUACGAGGGUGCACACUUGGCAUUUAUGGAUUUAGAUGUACCUUUUGAGUGUACCCACAGAGAGAACCCAAUUUUGUUGGUGAGCUUGCCGACACAUUCCAUAUGUAUACUGUUACUUAAAUAAAGGUUUUUGCUUGGCAA